UGGGCGGGACCCAGCGUGCGAGCCCGUGUGGGAUCGCCAGUGCUGGUCGUGCCGCUGUCCCUGUCCCCUGUGGGGAGCGCAGGUCGCAGCGCUGUCCCUGUCCCCGCGGGGGCUGGUGAAUCCCGGUGCUGCCGCCGUCCCCGUGAAAGAGGGGGGUCAGCUGAGGCAGCGCUGUGCAAGUUUCAGGGGAUGGUUUUUCACUCCGAAGUUUAAUUUUGACCGUCCCUGUCACGAAUGCCUCGGGCGAAGCGCCGCGGGCGGGAGGAGGCUGUGCGUGUGCUAGUUUAAUUAAAAGCGAAAUGCCUGACGCCAAACACGGCAGGAACUCUUAAGUUCUGGGUCAGUUCCAUAAGCUCUUUAAUGGUAAGAGCCUUAAGCACGCCGCGGAUUGCCGGCUGUCCGGCCGCUCCGAGGGGCAGCGCGGUGCCGGGUGUGGGACGCGCCCGGAUCCGCGGGCGCGGGGCUCGCCCCGGCAGAGCCGCGCUGCCUCCGCCCGGUGCCGCUGGUGCGGAGCGUGAGCAGGCGCUCCGGGCUGAGGGAGCCGCGCCGGCCGCCCGUGGGAGGAGGGGGUGUAGCAGCAGCCGCCGCCCCCGCAGCCGCGCCCGGGCUCUGCCCGCUCCUGGCUCUGCCCGCUCCUGCUCCAGGAUCAGGUUUCCCGCGGCCGGGGCGAGCGGCACCGCCUCCCCGUCCCCGCCUGUGGGACCCGCGGCCGUGGGCAGCGCAGGCGGCGGGAGGGGCGCGGCCAGGGCCGCGGCGGAGCGGCGCGCAGCGGGCAGGUGCGGCGGCAGGAGCCGGAGCCGGCAGGUCCGCGCCCCCCGCGCUGCUCUCCGCCAGCAUGAAGGUCGAGUUUGCCCCCAUCAAUAUCCCGCUAAAGAGGAGGAUCCAGACAGUCGCCGUGCUGCAGUGGAUCUUCUCCUUCCUCCUGCUGGCAGAGUUUUGCUGUGGAUUCUUCGUGAUCCUGAUCCUGGGCAACUUCUGGUUCCUUGCUGUUCUGUACCUGCUGUGGCUCUACCUGGACUGGGAAACGCCAUGUACUGGGGGCAGAAGGUCCCACUGGGUCAGAGGCUGGACUCUCUGGAAGUACUUCAGGGAAUACUUUCCCAUCCACGAAUGGUUUCUGCAUCCAAGGAAAGUGUCUCACAUGUGCUGAACAAUGAAGGAGGUGGCCAUGCAUCGGUCAUUGUGAUUGGAGGAGCAGAGGAAUCUCUGAAUGCACAUCCUGGAAGUCUGACCUUGAACAUCCUCAAGAGGAAGGGAUUUAUUAAAAUGGCUCUGAAACAUGGGGCUCAUCUGGUCCCAGUGUUUUCCUUUGGUGAAAAUGAACUAUUCAAGCAAGUUGCAAACCCCAAAGGUUCAUGGCUCAGGAAUGUACAGGAGAAGUUGCAAAAGAUAAUGGGCUUUGCUUUACCACUCUUUCAUGCUAGAGGAGUAUUCCAAUACAGUUUUGGUUUAAUACCUUACAGGCAACCUAUUCAUACUGUUGUGGGAAGCCCCAUCCCUGUAAAACAGAACUUGAACCCCACCACUGAAGAGAUUGAUCAGCUACAUGCAUUGUAUCUACAGAAACUAAAGAAAUUAUUUGAAGAACACAAAAGCAAUUAUGGCAUCCCUGCACAUAAAUCUCUCAUCUUCGAGUAGCAAAUUACAACUUGUAAUUCCAAAUCUCAUGCAAAGAAACAGUGUCUGCUGAAAGCUGUCUUUCUUGCAAUCCAUAUUUAGUAAUCUGUAAUUAUCCUUAUGUAAGGAAUACUCUUAAGAAGGGAUUAUUAGUUGAUUUAUUGAUUUUUAUCUUAUUCUGGGGCGGUGGGGAAAGGGAUCAUUGGGAUGUAAGCCUCGAAGCCCAUGCUGUUUUCAGUUGUCCUUUUAGGUUCAUGUGUGCCAAAAAUGCAAGUGAGAGACUCCAAGCAGAUGUUCUUACCACCAUGGUACCUACAGCUUGAGCAUAGGAAAUUGCCCCAGCAUGAGAUCAGUGGCAGAAGUAUAAACCCAAGAAGUCUGAUUAGAGGUUGAGAGAUUUACCAGCAUGUAUCAAACAUGACAUCAGGUUGUUCUGUGAACACCAGAAACCCCUGCUGCUCUUCCACAGGAAUGAAGGUAUAUAUUUUCAGCAGAUGGCUACUGUGAACCACUCACAUGAGAAUUCAAGAAUAAAUAGGAGCCUUCAGCCCUGAAUAGGAUAUUUGCAAAAAUGGUUUGUCCAAGUCAUGGAGCAGAGCAAACCUUCUCUUUGGAGAACAGUGUGUUGAGAUUUUUGUGUGCAUGUGUGUGCUGGGUGGUGGGAAGCACUGAAUGAUGUGACUUUUCUGGACAAUCUGUGCUUUGGAUCAUAAGUUUGGAAGAUGAAGCAGCUUUGGCGGUUUCAGCCACAGAAGAGAUGGCAGGCACAGGACAGGACAAGUGAGGGAAUCAUGUGAACUCUUCAUCCUGUGCAAAUUAAAAUGAUCCUAUGUCAAGCACUUGCACAGAAGGAAAUGCAGCCCAAUUUGUUCUGUCAGUUUUGAAAUUUCACCAAGGAAAGUGUACAUGAUAAUGCCUUUUUUUCCCCACUGACAGAUGUGGGGAAGUGUGUGUCAAGCUGGUGCUGCAGGGUGACACAGCUGCAGUGCCAAGGCAGUGUGAGCAUAGCUCUAGGAUGCAGCAGGUUAAGAAGAUAAAUUGUAUGUAAACCAGGUGCCUGACUUUGAGAAAAGGUUUAUCCUAAGUGUGGAUAUCCACAUCAGAAAAGAAAAGAAAACAUCUUAACCAAACUCUUUUUCAGUGAAAAUGCCUAGGUCUUGGAGAUUAUUGUGUAUGGAAAGAAUUGUAAUAUAUUACUGAAUUUUUAUGAGAUAAAUUCUUGUAUUUGUACAUCCCUUCUGUCUGCCUGCAGACUUUGCAGAUCUGAUGUUAGUGAAGAGUUUGCUCUGCUUUAAGCAGUUUUAGUGCCUGAAUAUUACCUGAGUUAGGUGCUCUGACAAGUCAUGCAUGGGCUUGUCAGGCAGCCUGGGCAUCUGCAAUUGGCUCAGUUGAGCACUGAGGUGCUCCAGGAAUAGCAGCACUGUACACGUUGUGUAUUCGACGGGCUGGAGGCUCUUGGAAGAAACACAGCAGUUCUUUGAGAACAAGAUAGAACUCUGGAAAGCAAAUAUAGAACUCUGGAAAGCAAAUAUCUUAGCAAUUUGAAGGUGUUUAAAGAAAAGAGUGGAAAUGGAGUGAACUCCGACUGAACCAACGCCCCAAAGACAAACAAGUUUUUGCCAGACAGAGCAGAUGUGUGUGCUCCAAAAAACCCUCCAGCAACAAGCUGGUUUGCUUAAGAGGGCUCUUCCUUCUAGUGCCUGUUUGUCAUCUGGAUGUAAACAACACCGAGCCAACACUCAGUCGUGCUCUCAUUUUCUCUACAAUGCCACACUCUUUCUGGGAACCAGGGCUGGAGUUUGCAGUGCCUGAAGAAGCUCCUCUUCCCUGACAGACUGUUGUCAAUGUGCCCACAAUUCCCCUCCACCUGAGCUUUCUUGGCUCACACCUGAGCUGUGUGUGCUUGGCCUCCCUUCCCACACCUUUGCUGAUCACUGAUUAUCACUGUGGUGUAGGCAUCUUGCUUCCUCUCUUUCUGCCCACCUUUCCCUGAGUUGACAUCUCUGGUCUCUGUUCAUGGAAAAUACUGAGUGGUGGCUUAUCUAUCAUUCAGCAAAAAUGGGGUUUAGGUGCAGGGUUUGAGAAGAGCAAGCACUGUGGCUGUGCAUGUUUGACACCAGCUUAAGAUCAGGACUGUUUCAGCUCUGGAAAGGGCAUGUUUCUAGGGAGGUCAGACAUGGCAGGUUUGUUACCUGGGAAGAGGUCUCAGGGUCCUGAGAAUUGAACAAAGUGAUGAUCCCUGAGCAGUUGCUUUUUCUUAGUCAGCUAUAUGAAAUUUCCUUUGGAUUUGACUCUUUAUUGCCUGCCCUGAUGAGUAGUGAGGAUUAUUCAUGGAAGAAGAAUUUGGAGUCUAUGUCAGACUGUUCUCUACUAGAUCAUCUGCUCUAAUGAGGUAUUUCCUCUCAUUCUCAGUCUGUUCUUUUUCCAUUACUUUAAUGAUAUAGAAGAUCAGGCUGUAAAUUUAAAAAUAUUACCAUUGGGUUGGGGAUGGAAAGCAACAAUUUUUUUUGUUGAUUAAAUUAAUCAAAAUUACUAGGGAGUAUAUGGAUACUGAUUUUUGGGACAAUAUCUGGUCCAAAGGGUACCCUAUAAACAGGCUUUCCUCUGAAUUCCAUGAGGAAAUUAUCUGUGGGCUCCCUGUACUAUCCAUAAUUGACUCAGGUAGAACGAGUAAAGAUUGUGUUGCUAUGGCUACCAAUGCUGUCAUUGCUUUGUAACAAUGGAGAUGGUAAAAGAAACCCCAAAAUCUAAAAAACCUAACAAAAAAUUAUCAAACCAACAAAAUCUCCAAACAACUCCAGUAUUUGUUGUUGCUCAGCUACCACUGCACGUUGCUUAUGAUGGUCCUCCCAAACGAUCUUUUAUUAACCAAUUGUCUGGUGUACCCAGGACUAUUUUAAAAUAGAACUUCUGUCUCUAAACGUGAUAGACAUGGAAAUAUUUACCUCUGUGUUAGUGUGUGGAUCUGUAAAGCAGCCUGCAAUGCUGAGCCCAAAGGCCAGAGCCCUGGCAGCCAGAGAGCCGUUUUGGCACCAAUCCCAGCCCGGCUGCAGGCACGAGGAAGCUGCCCACGUUUGUUGGAGUGUCCAGCUGCAGUUCAUGCUGGACAAAGCAAAGCAAGGAGCUGGUGGGAAUGGUGACACACCCUGCCCCAGCUGCCACUGGAAGAGCUGGGCAGCACUCAGAUUGCUGGUGGGAUGCCACACUGCCUGGGGCCCGCUUCGUGGGGUGUUUCUAUUUGUGCCUUUUAGUGCCACAGGUAAUCCCAGGGAAGCCAGCCAUCCAUCAGCAGGAGAAGCUCUGCCUCUAAACCAUGCAAACACUGCCUCCCUGACACGCUCAGGAUGAAGUACCUGCCUGUUCCCUCGUGUGUGAACGCCUCUGUGCCAAAUUCUGCUGACAGAAAGUGAAUCCUCGAGGAUUUUUACCUUGUGAACUACACAGCAUAGUUUACACUUUGUUACUUUUUAUGGUACCUGUAAAAUAUGAAUGUCAGUUGUUUCAAUGAUAGCUGUGGCAAGGAGGUGUGAGAUAAUAAAGGUUUGUACCAAA